AUGGAGGCAUUACACGUAAUGAUGGUUAAUGCCGAAGCAUCAGGAUUAUUCUCGGGAGUGAAGUUACCGGGGGAAGAAAUAACAAUAACUCAUUUAUUAUUUGUGGAUGACUCAAUUUUCGUGGGAGAAUGGGAAGAGAGUAACAUAAAAAAUCUGAGACGGAUACUAAGAUGCUAUUACUUAGUGUCUGGUUUAAAAGUUAAUCCAAAGAAAAGUCAGAUUUUUGGUGUACGGGUUGAAGAGGAAGAGAUUGUCUCUAAGGCGAAUAGCUUCGGGUUCAAACCGGGAAAAUUUCCAUUCACAUAUCUGGGGUUGAAAGUAGGAGCAAAUAUGAACCGAGUUCAAAAUUGGAAGGAAGUAAUAGAUACAUUCAACAGGAGAUUAUCAAACUUGAGAGCAAAGUUGUUAUCUUUUGCAGGAAGGGCAAUUUUGGUGAAAUCGGUACUCGGUACUCUACCUAAUUACUAUCUUUCUUUGUAA